AUUGCUGUCUGCAAAGCACUGCAUUAUGGGAUAAUAAUGAACAGAAGAGCUUGUGUCCAGAUGGCUGCCUGUGCUUGGGCUGCUAGUGUCAUCUACUCUGAACUGCACACGGGGAACACCUUCAGUCUACCCUUCUGCCACCCAAAUACCAUCAACCAGUUCUUCUGUGAAGUGCCCCAGCUGCUCAAGCUCUCUUGCUCUGACACAUACCGCAGAGAGCUCACAGCUCUUGCCUUCAGUGUGUUUUUAGCUCUAGGUUGUUUUGUUUUCAUCGUUGUGUCAUAUGUUCAGAUCUUCACCGCAGUGUGGAGAAUCCCCUCUGAGCAGGGCCAGCAGAAAGCCUUCUCCACCUGCAUUCCUCACCCGAUUGUGGUCUCCCUGUUUAUCUUCACUGGUGCCUUUGCCUACAUGAAACCCACUUCUUACUUCCCAUCCUCUCUAGAUCUUCUGACAGCUGUUCUGUAUUCUGUGGUUCCUCCUAUGGUAAAUCCAUUCAUCUAUAGCAUGAGGAACAAGGAGAUCAAAUGUGCUCUGAGAAAACUGCUCCAAAGGCAGAUGCUCUCCAAGAACAGGAUGUCCCUUUUUACUUUGUGUGUUUGGUUUACUACUUUGUUUCUUUAG